GUGCGUAGCCUACUGUACAGUAGCGGACCAAUCGUGUCAUGACUUUCAUGUCAUUCUUUCCGCACCAAAAUCAUACUCAAGGGGUAAACGAUACAUUUCAAAAUGUUUAGACUAAAAGAGUUUGAACAAGUGUUGGCAUAGUUGGGAAUGGCCGUUCCUUUCAUGUGGGCUUACAUGCUGAGGCUGCAUGGCUUUCAUAGUCCAUAUAAACAGGCUACCAUAGCAACUUACAUGAACAACAGAACUGGCCCUGAAUCUCGAGUUUUCAGGGAGACAGUCUAGUCCUCUGCUCCCAACUCAAGCGAGCUGUAAGGGAAGGACAUGCCCUACAGUCUUAAACCAAUGGUAGCAUGGACUGAGAACUCCUGGUUCGUUGAGACGGUGACUGUAGAAUUUUGACCAUAUCCUUCUUUUCCGUAUCCUGUCUUCUUUUUAAGUAUCCUGCUUCAGUCUACGUGCAGAUCCCGGUAUUCAUGCGGGUGGCUCAAAGAGCGAAAGAAACUUAGACGAGAGAGCGUGCACAAUAGUCUUACGUUGAUUUCCUCCAAUUCCCUGGUGGUCCAGACGCCCGGCUCGCCCAGGCACAGCCAUGACAGACCGCUUUGACUGUUUCUACUGCCGCGACGACCUGAACGGCAAGAAGUACAUCAAGAAGGAGGAGAAGCCCGUGUGCAUGCACUGCUUCGAGAAGUUCUGCGCCAACACUUGUGCAGAGUGCCGCCGCCCCAUCGGGGCCGACGCGAAGGAGCUGCACCACAAGAGCCGGUACUGGCAUGAAGCUUGCUUCCGCUGCGCCAAAUGCUACAAGCCCCUGGCGAAGGAGUCCUUCAGCACCAAGGAUGACCGGAUCAUGUGUGGUAAAUGCAGCUCCCGUGAGGAUGCACCACGUUGCCAUUGCUGCUACAAACCCAUACUGGCAGGCUCUGAGAACGUGGACUAUAAGGGUAACGUGUGGCAUGAGGACUGUUUCACCUGCUACCAGUGUAAACAGCCAAUCCGCUCCCAGAGCUUCAUGACCAAGAACGACAACGUGUACUGUACCCACUGUCACGAGAAGAAGUUUGCAAAGCAUUGCUUCAGCUGUAAGCAGGCCAUCACCACUGGAGGGGUGAACUACCAGGACCAGCCCUGGCAUUCGGAGUGUUUCGUCUGCACCAAGUGCAGGAAGCCACUGGCUGGCACCCGCUUCACCUCCCACGAGGAGAAGGCCUUCUGUGUGGACUGCUACAAGACCACUGUGGCAAAGAAAUGCACAGGAUGCCACAAUCCCAUCACAGGGUUUGGUAAAGCCACUAACGUAGUGAACUAUGAGGGAGGCGCAUGGCACGAGUACUGCUUCAACUGCCAGAAGUGCUCCAUAAACCUGGCCGACAAGCGUUUCAUCGCUGAGGCCGGCUCCAUCUACUGCUCCGACUGUGCCAAGAAGCUGUGAGCUCGCGCUGAAUCACCGGAGGCUCUGAGCUGCCAUACAGGAUAUGGUGCAAUCAUGUACAGAAUAUCAGGGUCACGCUUAAACAGAUGCCAGUCCUCAGAAGUCCAAAUAGGCUUUUCAUGUAUCAGAUAUAACUAUAGCUUACUCCGUGAUUUAGGUACUGAUUAUGUCUUCUACAUCUGUGAUGUGUGUAUUUGUCUUAAUACUAGGGAGGGUCAAAUGUAUGUUAUCUUUCUGUAUGUCUAUCUGUAUUAAAACAGUGUUAAAUAGAUCACUGGGGUUGCUCGGCAGAAUCACGGAAUGGCCUUUCUGCACCCAGGUUUUUCUAUCAGUUGAUAAUUUUAAGUUAUCUGCACUGAACCUAAAGAUCAACUUUUCAAAAUCUCCAUCUCAAAUUAGCCCAGAAUAGUGUUGAAAGCAACCUUUCAAAUAUAGUUUAAUGGAACUAAUGGAAGUUUGCUCCCAGUGUGUGCCUUACUUUAAAAAAAUAAACUAUCAAGGCUUCUGAUUAGGCCAUGGAAUUCA